AUGUUUACUUUUGCCUCAACUCAGUACAUUAUUAUCCCGCAAUCCGAUACAUUCCGCUUCCUGGUUGAUGUCCAUCUGUUGGGCAUCGAGAUCCGGACCGUUUUCUCUAACCUGAUGAGUGCAGAGGGAGGCAUUUACAACGCUUCGGAUCAUUAUCACCAUCAUAACAGCAUCAGGUGCCUGUCACUCGGCCAUGAAGUGAUGCAUGUUCAUCAACAAGAGCAAUCAAACAGACAUGUGAACAUCCAAUCCUAUGCACUCAACGAUUGGUGCCUGCUACAGCUCCUCAAGAUUGUUCCGGGAGACAGUCCGGAGGCAUUUGAUCGUCUAUUUUUAAGGUGCAGGGCCGAAGACGAUGGACAAAUGUCAAAAACCGGUCAAGAAAGAGCUAGUCUCCACACGAGUGAUUCAAAGCUUGAUCUCAAACAUUUGAUCCAAUAUCCACUUUCUAUCGCAGAAAGCCGAUUAGCCAAUGAGCAAAAAGAUCAAGACCAUGUUCGCGCCUUGCUCAGAUAG